GUUUCUCUCUCUACACCAUUCAGAAUUUACAGAGAGAGAGAGAGAGAGAGAGAGAGAGGUUUAGCAAUGGAUGAAGAGAACAUACUGAAAUUCGUGACGGAAUAUCUGAAGAAGAAAGGGUUCAAGCAAACCGAGCACGCUUUCCAAGAAGAACUUCACCAACAAUUGCCUCUACUUCCCAAUUCCUCAUCAUCAUCUACUUCACUAUUUGAUGCCGAUAUCGCCAAGCAGCUUCUCUCCUUUUCCGAAUCGGAGAUUGGUCCAGUACGAUAUCAGGAUGGCUACAGCAAAUUGAGGUCAUGGACUUAUAGCUCCCUAGAUUUGUACAGGCAUGAAUUGCUUCGUGUUCUAUAUCCGGUGUUUAUCCAUUGCUAUAUGGAUCUAGUCGCAAAGGGUCAUAUUCAAGAAGCUCGGUCAUUUUUCAAUAGCUUUCGUGAAGACCAUGAAAUGAUGCACUUACGAGACCUUCAGAAAUUGGAGGGAGUUCUCUCUCCAUCUCAUUUAGAGGAGAUGGAGUUUGCUCACUCUCUUAGACAAAGCAAAGUCAAUAUAAAGAUUUGUCAGUAUUCCUAUGAGCUUCUUCUGCAAUUUCUGCACAAGUCUCAAUCUACCACUGUACUUGGCAUUAUCAAUGAACACAUCAACUUUCAAGUUUCUCCUGGACAGCCCAGCUCAAUCUCUGAUGAUGCGGAUGCUGUUACACUGACUGGAAACGGCCAAGAUGCUGUCAGUCAGAUUAAUCAGAAGGAAAUACAUUGGGGGUUGCUGGAAGAUUCUUUGGAAGAACGUUUGGAAAAGACUGGGGGUUUGCUUUCUGAUUCUGAAAAGCCAGAAGGAGAAACUAAAGAGUCCGAGUGGGAGGAAAAUAAGAAAAGAUCAGCAGAUGGCGGAAAGCAGGGUUCAAUAGUUAAAAAGGUGAAAAAAGAUAAGGCAACGGGAGCAACAGGGAAAGCCACUCGCCCUGAGACAAACAUUGUAACUAUGGCACCAAGAGUCAAACCAGAGCUUCCUUUGCCUACAAUUCCAGUUGAGGUUGAGCAGUCUAUACUUGAUGACUUAAGAAAUCGUGUACAGCUGAGUGGUGUUGCUCUUCCAUCUGUUAGUUUCUAUACAUUCAUCAAUGCACAUAACGGUUUAAACUGUUCAACUAUAUCCCAUGAUGGGUCAUUGGUUGCUGCUGGAUUUUCAGAUUCUUCGCUAAAGAUUUGGGAUAUGGAAAAGCUUGGGCAACAGUCUGUUGGUUCUGUUUUGCAGGGUGAUGAUAAUGCAACUCCAGUUGAGUUUGGUUCAAAUGGAGUAAAAAGACCAUAUACCUUAUUUCAGGGGCAUUCAGGACCAGUUUAUUCAGCUUCUUUUAGUCCUAUGGGAGAUUUUAUACUUUCCUCUUCAGCUGAUUCAACAAUUCGGUUAUGGAGCACUACGCUAAAUGCAAAUCUUGUUUGCUACAAGGGUCAUAAUUACCCUGUAUGGGAUGUACAGUAUAGUCCUGUAGGACACUAUUUCGCUAGCGCAUCACACGACCGGACAGCAAGGAUAUGGUCUAUGGAAAGAAUACAACCUUUGCGAAUAAUGGCGGGGCAUUUAUCCGAUGUUGAUUGUGUGCAAUGGCAUGCCAACUGCAACUACAUUGCCACCGGUUCAAGCGACAAAACAGUUCGACUAUGGGAUGUCCAGACUGGUGAUUGUGUCAGAAUAUUCAUUGGUCACAGGAGCAUGGUGUUGUCUUUGGCAAUGUCAUCCGAUGGUCGCUAUAUGGCUUCUGGUGAUGAAGAUGGUGCGAUCAUGAUGUGGGAUCUUUCCAGCGGCCGAUGUGUUGCUCCUUUGUUGGGUCACACUUCUUGUGUGUGGAGUCUUGCUUUUAGCGGUGAAGGUUCAAUUCUUGCAUCUGGGUCGGCUGAUUGCACAGUGAAACUAUGGGAUGUAACAACAAGCACAAAAGUUUCAAAGACUGAGGAAAUCAAAAGCGGGAAUACAAGACUUCGAUUGCUGAAAACUCUACCUACGAAAUCGACCCCGGUCUACAGUUUGCAGUUUUCUCGGAGAAAUCUUUUAUUCGGAGCUGGGGUCCUUUCCAAAUCAGUAUAAGAUUAUUUAUUAUUAUUAUUAUCAUUAUUUCAUUUUAAGUGUUCAAAUUUGUUGUAUAAUUUCAGAUUAAGAAAAUUCAUUGAUGAAAUGCAACUCUUCUAAUGAUGUGUACAUUCAUUUGAUAUACACAUGCAUUAACUACCAACUAUAUAAACUUCUCUUCUAAACUUGGAAUGCUUGCGACACCACCGAAAAAUUAGACUGAGGAUCGAGAUUCAGACUAUUUGCCGGCCAUGAGACCUACCUUUCGGCCACAGUUUAGAAUGCAAACUUUUGAUUGAAAAUUUCAUUUGUAUGAAAUUGUCCGAAUUUUGUUUUCGGGACUUUUUUCCGAUACCAACUUUCUCUUUGUAAAGUUUCAUAGCUCCACUAAUUUUUUUUUUCUUAUUUGAGAUAGAUAAGUAGAGUUAUUUGAUUUUGAGGGGU